GGUCACGUGCCGCUUCCCUGGACCUUUUUGCUUUUCUAGCCCGCGAGACCGGCCGGUGGGAGCUUCUAUUUUUUUGGGAACCCGGAGCGAGGCGACAUGGAGUCCCCGAAGCUAAAAAAGCCAGAAGAAGAAGAAGAGGAGGAGGACCGGACUCCGCUUUUAGUGUCCGACUCUCCAUCCAGCCCCAACGAGGUGCCCUUAUGGUGUUCUGCUCGCCUCACUUUAGCAAUAUGGGCCUUCUUUGGAUUCUUCAUUUUGUAUGCACUUCGUGUGAAUUUAAGUGUUGCCUUAGUGGACAUGGUAGAACCAAAUACAAGCUUGAACAAGAAUAUCACCUCAAAUGUGUGCCCAGAACAUUCUUCCGCUCCCGUAGCUCCUCAUAACACCACGGGGAAAAGCUAUCCUUGGGAUGCCGAUAUGCAAGGCUGGAUCCUUGGGUCCUUUUUCUAUGGCUACAUCAUUACUCAGGUUCCUGGGGGAUAUCUGGCACGCCGAUUUGGGGCAAAGCUGCUCCUGGGAUUUGGCAUCUUGGGUACUGCUGUCUUCACCUUGUUCACACCACUAGCAGCAGAUCUAGGAGCCGGAUACCUUAUAACAGUCAGAGUUUUGGAAGGUCUAGGAGAGGGUGUAACGUUCCCAGCCAUGCAUGCCAUGUGGUCUAAUUGGGCUCCUCCAUUAGAACGCAGCAAACUCCUUAGUAUUUCAUAUGCAGCUCUCCACCCAAAAAUCUGUGCCUUGGAAAGCCAUGUUGAAAUCCGUUCCAGUGUGGGCCAUUGUCGUCGCACACUUUUCUUAUAAUUGGACAUUUUACACUCUCCUUACCCUGCUGCCCACAUACAUGAAGGAGAUUUUGAGAUUUGAUGUCCAGGAGAAUGGAUUCUUAUCGGCACUUCCUUAUUUUGGCUGUUGGGUUUGUAUAAUUGUGUGUGGUCAGUUUGCAGACUAUUUACGUGAAAAGAAAAACAUGUCAACAGUCUGUGUUCGCAAAACAUUUACAGUAAUAGGAAUGGUUGGGCCUGCAGUAUUCCUCUUGGCGGCUGGAUUUAUAGGUUGUAAUUAUGAAGUGGCAGUUGUAUUUUUAACCAUAUCGACGACACUUGGAGGAUUUUCCACGUCAGGUUACAGUAUCAACCAUUUGGAUAUUGCACCAUCCUAUGCCGGCAUCCUCCUUGGAAUCACAAAUUCAUUUGGUACUAUUCCAGGAAUGGUAGGACCACUUGUUGCUAAGGCUCUGACUCACAGUAAUACUAUAGAAGAAUGGCGAAACGUGUUUUAUAUUGCUUCUGCCCUUAACUUAUUUGGAGCUAUUUUCUUUGCAUUGUUCAGCAGUGGAGAAGUACAAAACUGGGCACUCAAUGGUUACCAUACACAUAGGAACUAAAGGAAUUCUGGAGAGAAUGACAAAGCAUUACAAUUACAUCACUCGGAAUGCCUUUUAUUGAGGAUCUCUGUUAAACAGACAAAAGUGCAAUUUUUUAAAAAAACAUUUACAUUUUUAAUAUGCUGGUUUUUGUAUUAAACUGGGAUCUAAUCCCAACAAAUGAAUAUCUUCAUUUGGUAAAUAUAUGGUGUGCCAUAUUUUAAUUAUGUUAUCUACUUUUUAAAUAUUUAUUUAUAAAAUCAAUGGAAUGAGUGAUUAUUACAAUGCCAGUAAGUUGUAAUGAAGGGAUAAUGUAUAAAAAGAAAAGCAGAAUGUUUGUGUUGCCUCAAGAGUGAAGUUUGUUAGAAUUGUUCACUUGUAUUUUUCAUGUUGCAUUAAUUUAAACAAAUGGAAAUUAAAUGUUCUUUUACAAUG